AUGGUAGAAAAAAUGACUUCUAACACUUCCCCAAAUUUUAAGGAAAGUGUGUUGGCACCUUUCCCAAAAGAUUUGCAAAACACUCCUAGAACAUCGAUAAACUUCGUCAAACAUGGAAAUAGACACUAUAACUCUAAUAAGUCCAUGCAGUUUAUGGAGACAAUAUCUACACAUUGCAGCGAAAUCGAUACCGCGAAUGAAACUGUUUGCAUGACUGACCGUAAUGAAAUCCAUGCACUGGAUUCUAAGAAUUAUACGAAUAGACAUGAUCUUGAACAUGUCGAUUGUCGUUAUACGGAUCGUAAGGACGAUAUUAUAAAUACACAGUUCAAUGCCAAUCUGCAGUUGCUGAAGAAGAUCACUCUUGGGAAGAAUGUGAACACUUUGAACAACCCGCUUACAAAUGGAAAUUUUUCAAACCCAUCCUAUAAUGAUACUUCUAUUAGCAUAAAUAUGAAGCCCAAUUCUGGAAAUGUGUACCAAAAUGAGGCAUAUAUCGGCUCGUCCAAUAAACACAAAGGUGUACCCAAUGACCUUUCCAAGAACAAACGAAUUCAGGAUUUGGAAUACUUUAAGACUGCUUACAGCGGUGGAAAUGUUGAAACUCACAAAUCGAUAUUUAAGGAUCCGGAAUCACAAGGUCUGAAUUGCUACGAGGGUGGAAGAGGUACGAAUGUUCAUGACCGCACAUGGAAUACAAGAGGAUCGAAAAAUUUUAAGUAUUCUCACGGAGAUAAUUCAGCUGCCAGAUUAAGAAAUGUAUAUUAUUGGUAUAGACCUUUUGCAAUGUUCCAAUCCAAAAGUUCUAGCAUAUAUCUAGGCAUGCCUGUGGUUGAAUCAGUGACUGGAAAUGUGCAAAAAUCAUGGCAUUUGGAGGCAAUUAAAACAUUAGAUCGCGGUCUCUAUGGCUUGUUAAAAAUGGUCAUGUUACGUCUAUCAAACGAUAAGACCAAUAUACAUCCAAAAAAAUUGCUAAUACGUUGUAAAGGUUCAUGGGAUAGUAUACAAGAAGGUAGUUUUGGUACUGUUUAUGUCGGAUCUAUACAAGGACAAGGUUAUUCUGCUGUAAAAAUACCGAAUGUUAGUAUGAUAAAUCACGAUCCAAUAGGAGUUAUGAAACGUUUUAUAAAUGAAUGGGAUAUACUUUCUAGGUGCAAUCACCCGAAUAUAGUGUCAUUACACGGUGGUAUUAUUCUCGGUGUUUUUGAUAUAUGGCUAUGUACGGAGUUAGUUCAGGGGGUUGACUUACACAGUAUAAAAUAUGGAACUAAUUUCUCAAGGGCUAUACCUGUAUCUGCUGCAAUAAAGAUGUGCCGCCAACUAGCGGGUGUUUUACUUUAUUUACACACACCACUUCCAGAAAAAAAUAUUAUUAUACAUCGGGACAUAAAGCCGGAAAAUAUUAUUGUUGAUUCCGAAUGGAAUAUUAAACUAUGUGACUUUGGAGAUGCAUCGGAAACGUCCAAUGGUAUUCUAAACACUGUUUCUGGAGCCACAUGGUUAUAUGCACCCCCUGAAUUAUUGUUGCAUCCUACCAUAAAGAACGACUUGGUUGGGUUGCAAGGGACUCCUUAUACAAAGGAUGGUCUGGAGUAUACAUCUAAUACCUUAUCGGAAAAGUGGGAUAUAUGGUCCGCUGGAUGUGUGUUUCAGGAAAUGUUUGGCUACGUUGGCCCAUUUCAUCAUUUGGUGGAUGUCGAUGACCCUCCAAAUAUAGUUUGUGAAAAGAUGGUAAAAAAUGCAAUGUAUGGUCUUGUACCAAAUAUACCAAAAAUUUUGAUGAAUACCAAGUUAGGUGCUUUGAUUUCACAAUGUUUGGAUUUAAAUCCAAAGAACAGGCCUUCUGCUCUGACUAUUUACAAGAUUUUACAAUCCCCAGAUUUGCUAAUUUGA